CCUUCAGGGUGUCCCGCUGGCUUAUGACAACAUCAAAGUGGUGGGCGAGCUCGGGGACAUUUACGACGACCAAGGAUUCAUCCACCUGAACAUCGAGGCGGACUUCGUCAUCUUCAGCCCCAAGAAAGGGAAAAAACUGGUGGGUGUAAUUAAUAAAGUGGCCCCUAGUCAUAUUGGCUGCCUGAUACAUGGAUGCUUCAAUGCUUCUAUCCCAAAACCUGAACAAAUGUCGAUUGUACAGUGGCAAGAGCUGGGGUUAAAAAUAGGGGAUGAACUGAAAUUUCAAGUAUUGCACUUGGAUUCUGAUGCAGCUGGGGUGUUCUUCAUUCGAGGAGGACUCACUAAAAGCCGCAUGCAGCCCAAACGAUCUGAGACUGUCACUGACAGUACAAAUGGAGAUGAAAUUCAAAAGCUUGACCACCAGGAAUAUGGCUUGAAUGACUCUGGGGGAGAUAAUGUCACAGAGGACCCUCUAGGUGAGACGGAUAACACUGGGAGGGAAAAUGCAGAAGAGCAAAGUGUUGAUGCUGUGAAUGGAUUAUGUGAUGAUAAAAACAAGAAAAAGAAAAAAAAGAAGAAGCAUAAGCAAGAAGAACAGGAACUUGUAUUGCCUACCAGUGACUCCAGCGGUUACCAAAGUGACCAUAAAAAGUCAAAGAAAAAGAAAAGAAAGCAUUGCGAUGAAGUUGAAGAAAGUGAAUUAUCUCAGCUGUCACGAAAACCCAAAGCUAAAAAGAAAAGGGACUAA